ACCUCAGCCGAUAGGCUCUACACGCUGACUAUAUGUAUGACCAAAAUUGCUACGUGAUCCAAGCGUUUGUGAAUCGUGAUCGGCGGCUAAGCGAUGGCGUUACAGAGGAAAUUGUUGAGCAAAACCCUGAGAUCACUCCUGCCAAAAUGCGGCUGGAUUGGGGCUCCGCGCGCUUUCGCCGCGGCUUCUGCGGCGUCUCCGCCGGAGCUGCCGCCGUUUGACUACCAGCCGAGGCCGUACAACGGACCCUUGGCCGAUGAGGUUCUCGAGAAGAGGAAGAAGUACUUGGGGCCCUCUCUCUUUUACUACUACCAGAAGCCCCUCAACAUUGUUGAAGGCAAGAUGCAAUAUUUGUUUGAUGAGAAUGGAAAGCGGUAUCUAGACGCUUUUGCUGGAAUAGUUACUGUGUCCUGUGGUCACUGCCAUCCAGACAUCUUAGAUGCCAUCACAGAACAAAACAAGCUUCUUCAACAUGCAACUACCAUAUAUCUGCACCACGCAAUAGCUGAUUAUGCUGAGGCAUUAGCAGCUAAAAUGCCUGGAAACCUAAAGGUUGUAUAUUUUGUAAAUUCAGGGACUGAAGCGAAUGAAUUGGCGAUGUUGAUGGCACGCUUAUACAGUAGUAACCUGGGUAUGAUUGCCUUAAGAAAUGCGUAUCAUGGUGGAAGUUCUAACACAAUUGGACUAAAUGCUCUCAACACAUGGAAGUACCCUAUUCCACAGGGUGAAAUCCAUCAUGUUCUGAAUCCCAACCCAUAUCGUGGAGUAUUUGGAUCUGAUGCUCAGCGUUAUGCUGAUGAUGUACAAGAUCAUAUUGAUCAUGGCACUUCAGGAAACGUCGCAGGUUUUAUUGCUGAAACCAUUCAGGGAGUCGGGGGAGCAGUUGAAUUAGCACCCGGAUACUUGAAGCUGGUUUAUGAUAUUGUUCGCAAGGCUGGAGGUGUGUGCAUAGCUGAUGAAGUACAAACUGGUUUUGGUCGUACCGGCAGCCACUAUUGGGGUUUCCAGACACAAGGUGUUGUUCCCGACAUUGUUACCAUGGCAAAGGGAAUCGGCAAUGGCUUACCUCUUGGGGCGGUUGUGACCACACCAGAAAUAGCCAGUGUGAUGGCUCAAAAGAUACAGUUUAAUACUUUCGGUGGCAAUCCCGUAUGCUCUGCAGGUGGACAUGCAGUGCUUAGAGUUAUUGACAACGAGGAACGCCAAAAGCAUUGUGCUGAAGUUGGCUCUCAUUUGAUUGGACGGCUGCGAGAUUUACAACAAACACAUGACAUAAUUGGAGAUGUGAGAGGCAGGGGCUUGAUGGUGGGAAUUGAGCUAGUGAGCGACAGGAAACUGAAGACACCUGCCAAGGCGGAAACUGGAGUUGUGUUUGAGAAGCUCAGAGAGCUCGGGGUUCUGGUUGGAAAAGGCGGUCUACAUGGAAACGUUUUCAGAAUAAAGCCUCCAAUGUGCUUCACCAAAGACGAUGCAGAUUUCCUAGUCGAUGCACUGGACUAUGGCAUCUCAAAGCUGUGAGCGUUUAGAUGACGAAGAAAAUCCAAAUCCAGGUUUUGCUUCGACGCCAUUGAUGCAGCUGUGAAGUGCAAUAAGAUUGUCUGAACAGAAGCAGAAAAUGCAAAUUCAAUGUUAUAGCUUCUGUAUUCAAUAUGAAGUGGAUUAACAGGAAAACCAUAUGAAAUGAAAACACCAUUCUAUUAA